AGCUCGUUGGAGGUGGUGUGUGCGCGCUGUCUCGCUGGGAAUAAGAAAGAAAUUUGUGUAUUGCAGCAGAAGUGUUCGCUGUGCGGGUGUUUGCGAGUGUGUGUUCCGUGAAAAUCCAAUAAAACAAAGAGAAAUGACCAACACACACACACAAAGUGAAAAUAUGUAAUAUAAUAAAAAUAUAAAAGAAUUAAAGUGCAACGAAGGUUUUACCUUAUACAUAUUCAUAGAAAGAAAAAAAAAAAAACCAAAAAGAAAAAAAACACUGUGCAGAUUUUUGUAUACCUCGCGAGAAGAAAAUCAACGACGAGAUAAAAACGAGAUACAGAUGUAUCUCGGAGUGGACAAACAAUUCAGUUCGGUUAAUUUAAUUCGUCAUAUUGUGCAUUGUUUUUGAUUAGCAAAGAAUUACGACUUUAUGUAUCUUUGUAUAUGUGGGAAAACGUAAAAUAAUCUAAUCAUCAAUACUACUCGAGGUGCUCUUGCUGCUCUCGGUCGGCGGCAGCCCCACCUCCCCCCUCUCAAACAACAAGGCGGCAGACGUAAUCUAGCCAAACGAAACCGUGGUGGUGGAGCUGCUCCACACUCACACAUACAAAUAGAAAAAAAAAAAAACGUCUUCUCAGCUAAAACUUGGCUCAGGCAGCUCUCCGUUCUCCAGCUCUGCUUUUGCGCAGUCGUUCGGAGGGCAACGAAUUCGCUGCGGCGGCUCGCUCUAUGUGUGUGUGUUUUUGGAAACACCUUGCUCCAAUAUUUUGUGCGACCCCCCUAUAAGCACCGCCCCCGCACCGUCCCCCGUUGUCAUACGACAACCACAGCGACAGAGCAACAGCAAACGAUUGUGAAGGCACACGACCACGUCCACGACCACGACCAGUUCGCCAGUUUGGGGCUUUGAGUCUCAGUUUCGGGUCGUGCGCGUUUUGCGAUUCUUGCUACGGAAAAAUUCAUUUGAAAAUCGUUCAAAACACAUUCACACAAUAGGAUAGUGACUGCAAUUUCAGCUGCAUCCCAUCAAAAGGGAAACAAAAAGAAAAAAUAGUAAAAGAAACCAAAGAAGAAGAGAAAUAUUUUUUGAAUUCCCUUUCCCAAUGCUGCUUGGCCAAGCUUUGCAAGUGAUUCCCUUAAAUUUAACUAUAACUGGCAUUGAUGCUGCCCCAACAACCAGAAGAACGAGAAAAACACCAGCUCCAGCUACAACAUUGUCGCCGAGCCGUCGACGUAGCUGCAGCAGCGACGCAGCAUCCAAGCGUUGGAAUCGGACUCGCCAUGUACUACAACAUAGAACAGGACAUCGCAGCAGCAGCGGCAUCAGGAGCAGCCAGGAUAGCAAGCAACCCAACCACGUUCGGAACAACCAACACAUGCACAUCGAAGACGAAAGCCAGAGCAGGAACGUCGUUAAUCUAUUUACCACCUUCUUUUUGCUAUCCAUGUAAGCAUGAUGUGCCUGCGGCCAGCCAGACGACUAAGAGGACAACAAGCCAGGACAGUCGAUGUGGAGGCAGUUGUAGCUGUUGUUGCUGUGAACAUAAAAAUUAUGAUAAACAUGCUGCUGCGCCACCAAUGUUGACACCAGCCACCAAUACAGUGAGCAUAGGAGCAUCGGAAGGAGCAGCAUCAGCAUCAGCCGCUAUGUCAUCCACAUGCUCGACGGCGGCAUCUAGCGUCAAAUUCCUGCAGCGUGGUAUUCAAUUACCUGAGCAUACUUGCUGCUGCAACGAUCUCAGACAGACAUUGCAAUUAGUUAUGCCAACUGUUGGAGAGCAACGUCAGCAGCGACGUGAGCGAAUGCGGCGCGAAAGACCAAGUCAUGCGUCUCUCAAGCAGCUAAAACCAACAAUAACACCAACAACAACAAUAGCAGCAGCAGCAACAACAACUGAUGCAACAGCAACAGAAUUCACUUACAAUUCGCCAACAACGACAAGAACGACAGCAAUGGCCACAACUGGCUUGCCGCUGCUCCACGAUGUGGAUGAUGAUGAUGAUGAUGAUGAUGACAAUGAUGGGAAUAGGAAUGGAGAUGAUGAGAAUGAGAAUGAUGAAUGUAGGUACUUUAACUUUAACGGUGAUAUUAGUGCCCCGGAACGACUAGAGAUGGAGCAAAAACAGCAACAGCAACAGCAACAACCUAAGCAACUUACUAGCAUUACAUGGCUGAUAUUCUUGUGGCAGCAUCUGCUGCAGGCCAAUGCCUUUAGUUCCAUCUCCAUCUUUGACUCUAGCUUCAGUUCCGCAACAAUAGCAAGAACAAGGAAUACAAUAGCAGCAAGAAGUUGGAGGAGCAGGAGCAACAUUAACAGUAAAACCAACAGCAACAGCAUGACAUCGACAAAAAGUUGGUUUGGUCCUUUGCUAAUGUUGCUGCUGGCCACGUCCGUUAGCGGCUGGGGCGGCCGCCAAGAUGCUCCCACAAAUUGCACAUUUCCGGCUCGUUGGGAGGGCUCAUGGUUUCUAUCCGGUUAUCAGCAAUCCAUACACAUCAAGGGCUCUCAGUUUAGCUAUCGGGGCAGGUGUGCGGCCUCUGAUGGUAACAAAUAUCUAAUAGUCGAUGAGAAAGGAUGUCAUCGUUGCCUGGUUAUCUAUGAGAAGCAUAAAAAUGUUCUCCAAUAUAAAGAAAGUGAGUGCGAAGGUGAUAGUAUGUAUAUGCAUCAGUCGAAUCCAUCUGCACUGGCGAUGCGUAGCUCUAUUAAACAAACAAGUGAUCAUAGGGGGGGAGCUCAUCCCAAUACGAACGGGCAUUCAAGACUAUCAUCAUCGGAUCAGUACAUAAUGAGAUCCAAUGACGAUAUGAAUGAUUGUCCCCCAGACUUUUGCAAGGGCCGUGAGACUUUACAGAAUCUCUGCGACCAAAUUCCGGGCGAUGCCCUCCUCUAUUCAUUAUUCCGCGAGAGCGCCGAGCCGGUCAAGUGUCCGCUAAAGGGUCCCUUCAUAUUCACCUACAAUCGGGGGCACGGUGAAUGCAAGUCGCCUGUAUCCAAUAUUGAGAGUUGCACUGAGGAGAGUCGCCUGCUGUUGAGUUUUCAAGCGUGUCCGGAUGUCCAGGGUACCGAGAGUACGGUUGAGGAGCUAACAUGCCUGGCUACCUGGAAGGAUGGCAACUCACGCUAUUUGGUUGGUCUCGUCUCGCACCAUCAUGCCAUUUCGAACGAGGAGCGUUAUCGCUGCUUUGUCUACGAGAAAAUCUCCUCGUUGAUGGGCGGUCCCAGUAUGCUCAGUUCCAAAGAUGCCGAAUAUAAGCUGGCACAAUCCGGCGAUGCCACUUGCAAUGGCUUAGACAGUGCCGAGGUUGGCUCACGUAUCAUGUCCCUACGCAAACCGCCUGUGGCUGAACGCUGUGACUUCCCAGCCUGGUUCAAGGGUCCACGUCACUGGCAUGCACUUAUGGGCAAUGCUGUCUACAAUUAUCAUUCCAACGAUGGUUCCGUGCACAUUAUUAAGCCCAAUGGCUAUAUGGAGACACGUGCCCUCUGCGAGCAGAUAAACAAACAGACCCCAACCGAAAUGAUGGCUGUGGUGCACUAUACAACUGGCUGCCAAUCGGGUUUUAUGUGCAUGAUGUUCUAUCGCCGGGAUACGCAUGUCAUCGAAAUACAAACUGGCAAACCGGCCAUACGCCUCGAGGAUGCCUGUGCACCGGAUCACUUUGACAUUAAUAAGAUGGCCUACAUUACCUUACUGGCAAGCAAUCCGGAACCGGCCAUAUGCCCGAUGGAGGGACUCUAUACUUUGCGUGGAGCCAUUGGACCGCCCUAUUUGGUCACGCGCCACAAGCGCAAUCACAACGGUAAAUCGCAUCUGGGACACGGACAUCAUCAUCACGACAGCACCGAUUCAGGAACUUUUGGCCACAAAGGGCACAGUACACUCAGUUUUCGCAACGCUGAACGCAGCAUGGAGCGUGGCUCAUGGCAUGGAAACACUCGCGGUCUACCCAUCCGUAGUCGGCGCAAUGCGCCCAAGGAUCACAGCCAACAGAAGGAGCAACAGCAAGAACAGCCUCCCCAACAAAUGCAGACCCUGGUAUUGGGUAGUAGCCUGAGUAAUAGCAGCGAUACCAGCGUGGGAUUUGUCGCCACGCGAAAUCGUCGUGAUGCACCAAGUUGUGUGACCAACUAUAAUGCACAGCGUCAGCUCUGGGUGGGAUGCACUGAAGCAAAUCUAAUUGAUGUUAGACCACUCUGCAGUGUGGAAGGCGAAGAGGAGUACUCGUGCCAUGGCUCCUGGACAGAGAAUAGCACUUUCUUUAUAAUAGCCAGACAUAAGGGUACCAAGCAUGGUGUCUGUCUAACCUAUAGACCCACUGAGGGUACAUCGGCCAAACUGGUAGUGGGUGAUGCCUGCUAUCGUGGCACACAGAAGCCACCCGAUCAUCAUUUGGUGGCCAAUCUAUCCGUAUUUGGCAAAUGCGGUGAAACUGGCUCCAGCACUGGCCAUAUUCAUUUGGGCAACUGGCUGCUAUUGAUGGCCUUGGGCAUUUGGCUUCAGAUUGAUAGCUGAAGUCGAAAAGAAUAUGCCCUUCAAAUGCUUUACUAAUACCCAAGACAAAGAGAAAUAAGCAAGAUAAAGAAUAAUGGAGAAAGCAAAACAAAAUAAAAAAACCGAAACCCUUAUUAUGAUCAACAUGUAUACAAGACACAUUUAAGACUUAUUUGUAUAUUGCAUAUUCUAUGUAAAUCUAAGGCGUAAAGAAACCAUUCGAAACUGGUUUUUGUUGUAUAUAACUUAUUGUUUUAUUCCUUCACCCCCAAUGUAUCCAUUUUGUUUUUAAUUUUUUUUUUCGCUAAAUAACACAAAAUUUUGUUUAGUUUUAAGUGCUUAAAAAUAAAAAAAACAAAUGUCAAACUCAACAAA